AUGGCUUCAUCAUCACACACUGCCUCGCAACGCUACCUGAGCACGCGUGGGGGAUCUUAUGAUCUGUCGUUUGAGGAAGUCGUCCUCAAGGGUCUUGCCUCAGAUGGCGGCCUCUUCAUCCCAGAGGAAAUCCCCAGACUGCCCGACGACUGGGUGUCCAAAUGGAAGGACCUCUCCUUCGCAGACCUCGCAUACGAGAUCUUCUCCCUCUACAUCUCGCCAUCCGAGAUCCCUGCCGCCGACUUGAAAGACAUUGUCCGUCGCAGCUACUCGACCUUCCGCGCAAAGGAAGUCACGCCCACAGUCACGCUCGACAAAGACAAGAACAUCCAUUUGCUCGAGCUUUUCCACGGACCUACCUUUGCGUUCAAGGAUGUCGCGCUGCAGUUCCUCGGUAACCUGUUCGAGUACUUCCUCGUGCGCAAGAACAAGGGCAGGACAGGCAGGGACAGAGAGCAUUUGACCGUCAUUGGCGCAACAAGUGGUGAUACUGGUUCAGCCGCCAUUUACGGUCUACGAGGCAAAAAGGAUGUCUCCGUCUUCAUCAUGCAUCCGCACGGCAAGGUCAGCCCGGUCCAAGAAGCGCAGAUGACGACGGUCAUGGACGCCAAUGUCCACAAUUUGGCUGUGGACGGCACAUUUGACGACUGCCAGGACUUCGUCAAGGCCCUCUUCGCCGACCCCGAAAUCAAUAGCACGCACCGCCUUGCGGCCGUCAACUCCAUCAAUUGGGCCCGCAUCCUCGCCCAGAUCACAUACUACUUCUACUCAUACUUCGAUCUCAUCAAGCAAAAGUCGUUCCUGUCAGCAUCGACCAUCCGCUUUGUUGUGCCAACGGGCAACUUUGGCGAUAUCCUAGCCGGUUUCUUCGCGAAGCGCAUGGGCCUGCCCGCGGAAAAGCUGGUCAUAGCAACUAACGCGAAUGACAUCCUGCAUCGCUUCUGGGUGUCUGGAAGGUACGAGAAGAAGCCUGUGCAUGGAGAAGAGGCCGCGGGUGGCUUUGUUGAGGAUGGUGUCAAGGCGCACGAGAGCGGUGUCAAGGAGACAUUGAGUCCGGCCAUGGACAUUCUUGUGUCUUCCAACUUUGAGCGUCUGCUGUGGUUCCUCGCAUACGACGUAUACAGCACAAACUCAGAUGCAGUGUCGCAACGACGAAGUCAGGCAGGCGACCACGUACGCGGCUGGUUGAACGACUUGAAGUCAAAGGGCGGCUUUGCCGUCGACAAGCAGAUCCUACAAGCAGCGCAAUCGGACUUCGCAUCAUAUCGUGUUAGUGAUGAAGAGACCAUUCAGACUAUCAAGGAUGUCUUCAACGCAGAGUCUUCAAAGAGCUAUAUCCUAGAUCCACACUCAGCCAUCGGCAUUGCAGCGGCACACCGUUCCAUUGAAGUCGCGAAGCCUCCGUCUGUACAUCACAUUGCGCUCGCCACCGCACAUCCUGCAAAAUUCGCAAAUGCAGUCGAGCUGGCGUUGCCAGAACAGAAGGAGUACUUCCAGGAGAAGGUCUUGCCUGUUGAGUUCAAGGGCCUGGAGGACAAGCCCCGGCGAGUCAGCCACGUCAAGAGAUCAGAAGGAUGGGAAGGCGUACGAAAGGUUGUUGUAGCAGAAGUUGAGGCUGAGCUUCAAGCGGCAGAGAAUGAGGCGCAAUAG